GCUCCGGCGUUGAUAAAUCAUGAAUCCUUUCUCUUCCGGCACGCGUCUCAGCGACAUGAUUCGGGCGAUACGUGCGAGUAAAACCGCUGCUGAGGAACGUGCUGUUGUGAGGAAAGAGUGUGCUGCGAUCCGUGCUUCGAUUAAUGAAAAUGACCAGGACUACAGACACCGGGAUCUAGCAAAGCUUAUGUUCAUUCAUAUGCUUGGUUAUCCCACUCAUUUUGGGCAGAUGGAAUGUUUGAAGUUAAUUGCUUCUCCUGGAUUUCCAGAGAAGAGGAUUGGUUAUCUUGGAUUAAUGUUGCUUCUUGAUGAAAGGCAAGAAGUAUUAAUGCUCGUCACCAACUCGUUGAAGCAAGAUCUGAAUCAUACGAACCAAUACAUUGUGGGGCUUGCUCUCUGUGCUUUAGGAAAUAUUUGUUCAGCAGAAAUGGCUCGUGAUCUCGCCCCUGAAGUUGAAAGAUUACUUCAAUUUCGGGAUCCAAAUAUUCGCAAGAAAGCAGCUCUUUGCGCCAUAAGGAUCAUCAGAAAAGUUCCGGAUCUUUCUGAGAACUUUAUUAAUCCUAGUGCUGCUUUACUCAAAGAAAAGCAUCAUGGUGUUCUCAUUACGGGAGUUCACCUUUGCACAGAAAUCUGUAAAGUCAGUUCCGAAGCCCUUGAAUAUUUCCGGAAGAAAUGCACAGAGGGCUUGGUUAAAACCCUAAGAGAUAUUGCAAACAGUCCAUAUUCACCUGAGUAUGACGUCGCUGGAAUUACGGAUCCAUUUCUUCACAUCAGAUUGCUCAAACUGUUGCGUGUUUUGGGACAAGGCGAUGCAGAGGCCAGUGACUGUAUGAAUGAUAUACUUGCUCAGGUGGCAUCAAAAACCGAGUCAAACAAAAAUGCAGGCAAUGCUAUCCUAUACGAAUGUGUUCAAACAAUAAUGAGCAUCGAAGAAAAUGGUGGUUUACGAGUCCUUGCAAUCAAUAUCUUGGGAAAAUUCUUGUCCAACCGAGAUAAUAACAUCAGAUACGUAGCAUUAAACAUGCUGAUGAGAUCCUUAACUGUUGAUUCCCAAGCGGUUCAGAGACACAGAGCUACAAUCCUGGAGUGUGUUAAGGAUUCAGAUGCUUCAAUUCAGAAAAGGGCACUUGAGCUUAUUUACCUUCUGGUGAAUGAGAAUAACGUGAAGCCACUAGCAAAGGAGCUUAUAGAAUAUUUGGAAGUAAGCGAACAAGAUUUUAAAGGAGAUCUUACUGCAAAGAUAUGCUCCAUUGUUGAAAAGUUUGCUCCAGAGAAAAUCUGGUACAUUGAUCAAAUGCUAAAGGUUCUAUCGGAGGCUGGAACUUAUGUGAAAGAGGAUGUAUGGCACGCGCUGAUUGUUGUAAUAACAAAUGCCCCUGAUCUUCAUGGGUACACUGUCAGAGCUUUGUACAGAGCAUUACAUACAUCUUUUGAACAGGAAACGCUUGUCCGCGUUGCAAUAUGGUGCAUAGGAGAAUAUGCUGAUCUGUUGGUUAACAAUGUUGGAAUGCUUGACUUAGAAGAUCCAAUAACGGUAACAGAAUCAGAUGCAGUGGAUGUUGUCGAGACUGCUAUUAAGCAUCAUACAUCGGAUGUCACGACUAAGGCAAUGUCACUCAUUGCUCUGUUAAAGAUCUCAUCCCGUUUCCCUUCCUGUUCAGAGAGGGUUAAAAGUAUUAUAGGGCAGAACAAAGGUAGCUUUGUCUUAGAACUGCAACAAAGAUCCCUGGAAUUCAGUUCAGUUAUUCAAAAGCAUCAGAAUAUAAGAUCUGCCCUGGUUGAAAGAAUGCCGGUCCUUGAUGAGGCAACAUUUAGUGGAAGGAGAGCUGGUUCUUUACCAGCAGCUGUGUCAACUUCUGGAAAAUCUCCGCUUAGCAUUCCAAACGGUGUUGCUAAAGCUGCUCCAGCUCCUCUAGUAGAUUUACUCGACCUUGGCUCUGAUGAUACUCCUGCACCUACCUCCUCCAGUAACAACUUUCUUCAAGAUCUUCUUGGUGUUGAUUUAACGCAGCCUUCAGCACAACCUGGUGCCAUGCAGCCAUCAAAAGCUGGCGCGGAUAUUCUUAUGGAUCUGUUGUCAAUUGGAACUCCUGCCCCUGUGCAAAAUGGCUCAACGAAUGGAGACUUGUUAUCUAUUCAAGAUAACAAUGCUCCAAUAGCCUCCAUGGAUACAAUUUCUGCGCCUUCUUCGAUGAUGGAUUUAUUGGAUGGAUUUGGUCCCACCCCACCAAAGAGCGAGGACAAGGGUCCAGCAUAUCCGUCCAUUGUUGCAUUUGAAAGCAGCUCCUUGAAGAUUGAGUUCAACUUCACAAAGCAAUCAGAAAAUCCUCAAACUACAGACAUUGUGGCUAAUUUCAUAAAUCUUACUCCUAGCGUGUACACAGAUUUUCUUUUCCAGGCUGCAGUUCCAAAGUUUCUACAACUUCACCUGGAUCCCGCUAGCAGCAACUCUCUUCCAGCCAACGGAAACAUCAAACAAACUAUGAGAGUUUCAAAUAGCCAACAGGGGAAGAAACCCAUUGUGAUGCGGAUGAGGGUAGGUUACAAGAUUAAUGGCAAAGAUGUGUUGGAGGAAGGACAAAUCAACAAUUUCCCACGUGGUUUAUGAGAACUUUUCAGGUAUCCCAAGAUUCAUAUACAUAUUCCUAAUUCAAUAUAUAUAAUCACAUCCCUUAGACUUCUUCAUAGAACGUUUGUGUGUGUGAUUCGUUGGCUUUGUGUGAAAUCUGGGUUUAAAGAGAGAUAACUUUUUGAUAGUUUGAGUUAUGAGAAUCUGUUUCGUCAAAUGGUUUGUUCUCCUUGCUCCUUCAAGUUAUUUUCUAUCAUUAAUAAAACUUUUCCUUUUUG